GUGUGCCGGGAAAAGCUAGAAAAUUCGCUUAAAUACCAGCGCCAAAAAUUGGUUGCCUGUCCGCAGCGGUAGACCAUCUUUGCCUGUUGCCACCAUGUUCUUGGACUCGCCAACGUCUACGUACGGCCUCAUCCUGCUGGGGACGGCAUUGUACCUCGUAAACUGGUUCAAAGAGAAUGUACCUGCGCUCGGACCGACGGCACCGUUUCUCUCUUACUGGGGUGCAAUCAGAUUCAUGACCAAUUGCCAGGAAAUGCUUGCAGAGGGGCACGCAAAGUUCGACGGGGGCCCGUUCAGGAUAGCAACUCGCCGGUAUUGGCAUUAUAUCGUUUCAGACCCUCAGCUCCUUGAUGAGCUGCGGCGUGCACCGGAUGACGAGCUAUCUUUGAUCGAAGCCACGACAGAGGCCCUCGAGCUCGAGUACACGAUGAGUACCGCAGUAGCACACGAUUUCUAUCACAUACCGAUCAUCCGGACGACGCUUACACGCAAUCUGGGCACCCUUUCUGGAGAGAUCUACGACGAGAUAUGCAACGCGUUUACGCACUAUUCCACUUGCAUAGAAUGGACAGCCGUGCCCGCGUUGGAUACUAUGAUGCAGGUUGUCGCUCGGACGAGUGCUCGCAUCUUCGUUGGCCUCCCUCUCUGCCGCAACCAAGAAUUCUUGGAUAUCAGCAUCAAUUACACAACGGACGUAUUCAAGACUGGGCUCACGCUCAACAUGGUACCUGCUCCCCUCAAACCGAUUGUGAACCGCCUGAUUAACAAGAUCGACAAGACCGUUGACCGUACGCUCGUUUUGCUGAAUUCCACGAUCGAAGAGCGGCGAAGCAUGAUGGAACAAUACGGAGACGACUGGCAAGACAAGCCUAAUGACUUGCUCCAGUGGCUCAUGGAAGCUGCAGAAGGGAUCGAGCGUGAACCGAGGGCCCUCGCUGCCCGUGUGCUCAUAGUCUGCUUUGCUGCUAUUCAUACGUCUUCUAUGAGCUUCACUCACGCUUUGUACCACCUGGCAGCACGCCCAGAGUACAUGAAGCCGCUGCGGGAGGAAGUUGAAGCUAUCGUUGCAGAAGACGGCUGGUCGAAGGAUUCGCUGCAGAAGAUGCGCAAGGUCGACAGCUUCCUGAAAGAGUGCCAGCGGCUAGACAACGCUCGUACAGUAUUCUUAGAACGCAAGGCACUGAAGGACUUUACCUUCUCGGACGGCACGUUCAUCCCCAAAGGUAGCCACGUCUCAACCUCGAAAAUGGCGACGCAUGACCAGACCAAGUACUACGACGAUCCGUACAUCUUUGAUCCUUGGCGCUUUUCCAACAUGCCCGACGAGACGGGCGAAGGCACGAAGCACCAGAUGGUUAACACAAGUAUGGAGUACCUUCCGUUUGGCGCCGGGAAGCACGCUUGCCCGGGACGGUUCUUCGCCGCGAACGAGCUGAAGAGCAUGAUGGCGCAUCUUGUGAUGACGUACGACAUCCGCAUGGAGAAGCCCGGAGAGAUCCCGCCCGGAUUUUGCUUUAGCUCCAACAUAUUGCCCAACCGAACAGCGAAGGUCUUGUUUAGGAAGCGGAAGGACUGAGUCGCAUUCAGACGAUCUGGCAUCAUCUUCACUUACUAUGUGAUUACCGCUGCAGGUGCAGAUGGUGGGCAUGAUAUGGCAGGUCAGGUGCGUUGACUGAGCUCUCGAUACCGCACCAGAUCACGUUCGUCCGUCGUCUGGUAGCUUACUCGGGUAGGUCGUAUUGUUUAUCUGGACUCUGUGCCA